CUACCACUGCAUUAAUGCCUCUGCUCCAACACGCAAGUCUGCUGGGAAACCACUCCAAACCUUGGUAGUUCCUGGGUCUCGCGUGUGUCUGCUGUCCAGCUACGUUCCAAGACGACGGGUCACUGUCCAAUGGGAGACCGGCUUCAUCUCUUGCCUGCAGACUGUCAGAAGAGCUGAGGACCCAAAACAAACCGGCCUAAGACAUGCUACUCUUUGCCCUCCUUCUGGUGACCCUAUUCUGCAGUGUGGAGGGCUCCAUCUACAUCCCUCAGAAGCUCUAUGGAGAGGUGACCUCCCCUCUACAUCCAAAGCCUUACCCCAAUGACUUUGAGGAAACCACUGUGAUCACAGUCCCUGUGGGGUACAGGGUGAAGCUUGUUUUCUGGCACUUUGACGUGGAGCCUUCUGAAGGCUGUCUGUAUGACUAUGUCAAGAUUUCUGCUGAUAAGAAAACUCUAGGGAGGUUCUGUGGGCAGCUGGAGUCUCCCCUGGGCAACCCCCCAGGAGAGAAGGAAUUCAUAUCUGAGGAAAACAAGAUGCUCCUGACCUUUCACACAGAUUUCUCCAAUGAAGAGAAUGGGACAAUCAUGUUCUACAAGGGCUUCCUGGCAUACUACCAGGCUGUGGACCGUGAUGAAUGCGAACCCCAGUACAACACAGUGGAAGGGAGCUACCAGCCCCGGUGCCAACAGCUGUGUCACAACUACGUCGGAGGCUACUUCUGUUCCUGCCGUCCAGGCUAUGAGCUUCAGAAAGAUGGACUAACCUGUCAGGCUGAGUGCAGCAGUGGGCUUUACACGGAGCCGUCCGGCUAUAUCUCAAGCCUCGAAUACCCUCAACCCUACCCUCCCGAUCUGCGCUGCAACUACAGCAUCCGGGUAGAGCGGGGCCUCACUCUGCACCUCAAGUUCCUGGAUCCUUUUGAAAUCGACGACCACCAGCAAGUUCACUGCCCCUACGACCAGCUCCAGAUCUAUGCUAAUGGGAGGAAUCUGGGUGAGUUCUGUGGAAAUCAAAGGCCUCCAGACUUUGACACCAGGAGCAACGCAGUCGAUCUGCUGUUCUUCACUGACGAGUCGGGGGUCAGUCGAGGCUGGAAGCUUCACUACACCACUGAGAUCAUCAAGUGCCCCCAACCCAAGGCCCUAGAUGAGUUCACCAUCAUCCAGGAUCCGCAGCCUCAGUACCAGUUCCGGGAUUACUUCAUUGUCACCUGCAAACAAGGCUACCAGCUCGUGGAGGGAAACCAGGUGCUGCUCUCCUUCACAGCUGUUUGCCAGGAUGAUGGCACAUGGCAUCGUGCCAUGCCCAGAUGCAAGAUCAAGGACUGUGGGCAGCCGCGAAGCCUGUCUAAUGGCGACUUCAGCUACAUCACCACAAAAGGUGUGAACACCUAUGAAGCCCGUAUCCAAUAUUACUGCCGUGAACCAUAUUACAAGAUGAAGACCAGAGCUGGCGGUAGUGAGUCCGUGCGAGGGAUAUACACCUGCACAGCACAGGGCAUUUGGAAGAAUGAAGAGGAAGGGGAGAAGAUGCCCCGGUGUCUUCCAGUGUGUGGGAAGCCUGUCAAUCCUGUGACGCAGAAGCAGCGUAUCAUCGGAGGGCAGAAAGCCGAACCCGGCAACUUCCCCUGGCAGGCAUUCACCAACAUCCAUGGGCGCGGGGGCGGGGCCCUGCUUGGGGACCGCUGGAUCCUCACAGCAGCCCACACCAUCUACCCCAAGGAUCGGAACAAACAAGACAGCUCCAGUAGAGAUGUUUUCCUUGGUCACAUAGAUCUGGAAGAGAUCGAAAAAUUGGGACAUCACCCAGUCCGUAGGGUCAUCAUUCAUCCCGACUACCGCCAAGAAGAGCCUAACAAUUUUGAAGGAGAUAUUGCCCUGAUGGAGUUGGAAAACAGGGUCACCCUGGGUCCCGACCUCCUCCCUAUCUGUCUCCCUGACAAUGAGACCUUCUAUGACAAAGGCCUCAUGGGUUAUGUCAGUGGCUUUGGGAUAAAAGAAGACAAAAUUGCUUCUGAACUCAUGUUUGUCCGUCUGCCCGUAGCUGAUCGUAGGGCAUGCCAGAGGUGGCUCCAGACAAAAAAGAGCAAUGACGUAUUUUCUGAAAAUAUGUUCUGCUCUGGGGACCCAACUAUAAAGCAAGAUGCCUGCCAGGGGGACAGUGGAGGUGUGUUUGCUGUCAGGGACCGUAACCGCAAUAUCUGGAUUGCCACAGGCAUCGUGUCCUGGGGUAUUGGGUGUGGUGAGGGAUAUGGCUUCUACACCAAGUUACUCAACUAUGUUGACUGGAUCAAGAAAGAAAUCGGAGAGGAAGACUGAACCCAGGGUUCACUAGACCAGAAUCCAGUGUGUAGUGUCUGAAAAAAUUAUCUGACCAAUUGUUGAUAACCACUAUGAUCCCUUAUUAAAAUCACAGGCGGUGUGUGGAAUAAAAUGCUUUUCUAUAA